AUGCAUGGAAUUAUUGAACUAAUUUUGAACAGUGCUUUAUUGUGGAUAUUUUUACAAGUUAUUUGGAGCAUUUUAAUAAGUGUUUUUUAUCAUUUCUGCAUACCAUGGAUUGUUUGGGGUUCUCUCAUAAUCACAGUUGGAUUAAAGAUAGCCAGAGUUCCACCACCAAAUUUAAAUAUUGUGGAAGAAGUGCUUGGUGUAAAUCCUUUUUUAUUGAAAAAAGAUAAUACCAUGUCCAGAGAUCAUGGUAAUGGAGAUCAAUAUUGCAUGCGAGUGGUGGCUCAUCGUGGUGGAGGAUAUGAUUUCCCUGAGAACAGCUUAACAGCCUUUCGUAAUAGUAAAGAAAGAGGCUGUACUGCUGUUGAAUUUGAUUUAUCUCUUACAAAAGAUAAUGUGCCUAUAGUUUUUCAUGACCCUACAAUUGAUAGAAUUACUGGAAAAAUUGGUAUUAUUAAGGAUAUGACCUGGGAUCAAUUAAAACAAUUAGAUAUUACACAUAAUCAUCCACUUAAGGACAAAUUUAUUGAAGGUGAAAAAAUUCCAUUGUUUCACGAAGUUUUAGAAACAUGUCUAUCUAAUGAACAAAGAGUAAUCAUUGAUAUAAAAGAAACAAGAAUGGAAAUUGUGCAAAUUAUUUUAGAUGCAUAUAAGAAGUAUCCAAAGUUAUUUCAAAGAGCAAUUGUAUCCAGUUUUAAUCCCAUUGUUGUAUAUAUGAUUAGAAGAAAAGAACCCCGAAUUGUAUCAAGUCUAGCAUGGAGACCACAGUAUUUUUCAAGAACAUCAUAUUUAGGUUUAGAUGGCCUAGGGUCAAUGAUAUAUAGCAAUCCAUUCAAACAUAUAGCAGCUUGUGUAUUAGAUCAUAUUUAUGAAUGGAUGUUCUGCCAUUAUAUAUACUAUAUUGUGGGUGUGUCUGCUGUAUUGUUGCAUAAGGAUACACUAAAUCCGCAUGUUGUACAAGAGUGGCAUAAUCGUAAUGUUCGUGUAAUGGCCUGGACAGUAAAUUUACCGUCUGAGAAAUCACAUUUCUCACGACUGUUUAAAGUUACUUAUUUAACAGAUACAUUGUUAGUUGAGAAAGACAUGUAAUACUAUAUAUAUUACAUACUCUACAUGGUGUAAAUGAACAUACAUUACUACCGACAU